AUCGCUCAUAAUUUUUCAUCUGCUCGCAGAAAGGGUUGAGAAAGGACGUCGACUUUUCGUCUGAGGUUUUUUCUUACAGCUGACGGCGAAAAACGGUUGAACGCAUUUGACCGCGGAAUCGACAGUUGAAUGGUUAAAAACGAAUCCCCAUGUUCCACAUUUCUCUUCAUUUAUUGCUGCGCGCGAGAGAGAGAGAGAUAGAUCCGCGGAGUACAUAACGGACGUAUGAUCGUUUCUGGGGACAAAACCAGCUCACUGACUGAUCAGCUGAAGACAAAGGGGAAUUGAGGAGUUGAAUAGUAGCUGCCAAGUCGUCGUCGUCGUCUCUCUGAGUUUUUCCGCAUUAAGCUCGAUUCGGUCCCGGCCGAGGGCACCCCUCUUCGUUCUUCGCGUAAAGGUUGGAACUUUGCCCGGUACCUCGAAUCCCUAGGAGGCAUAUUGAGAAGUUCGAGUCCCAGAAAGUGUCCACUAUUGUGUGUGCUUUUGUGAUGUAGAAUGAAGGUUGGACAGAGAAGGGAGAUUAGGGACGGCCUUCAAGAUAUUUAGCCUAUUGAUGAUAUGUCCAUUUACCAAGAUUCAAAUUAUAUUCCCCGAAGGGAACCAAAUCUGCCUAAUGGAUUGGGCAGACUAUGCAUGUGCUUGAUUGGAUUUGCAGAUUUCACAAGCAAUUGUACUUUGGUGGACUGCAGAGUUGCAGAAGACAUUGGUCCCAUCUAGAAGAUAUACAUCUUUAUUCAGAGAGGAGCGUCAGUGGUGUUCGGCUGGACAGUGUUAUAAGUAGAAGUAAUUGUUGCCUUGCCUGGGCUGAAACUCCCGCGGCAUUAGGCCUUCCUUCCAGGGGUCAAUUUUUUUUGUUGCUUUAUUACACUUCCUAAAAAUGCUUGAACAUGUACAGUCUCUUCCUCUUCUCAAAGUAAGAGGAGUCGUAAGCACUCUUUACACUGUGUGUGUAAUUCCUGAGAUAAGCCAGUGAUUUUAGGAUCGGAUGGUUGUGCAUGCCAUACGAAUUGCUCGGUCUACAAUUGUUUUAAUGGAGUCACCAGAAGCGUUUGUUUCUCCUUGCUGAACAAAGGAGCCAUGCUUCGGAAUUGGAAGAAACCCCACAAUUUGAUGCUUUGCUAUUAAGUGUACAUAUUGUGCAUCUUCUUCAAAAAGUAGGGUUAUGGUCCAAAAGAAACCAUGGAGCAUACACCAGAUAAAAAGUUCCCCCUCAAUGCAAAGGACUAUAAGCUUUAUGAGGAAGUUGGUGAAGGUGUCAGUGCUACUGUCUACAGGGCUCUCUGCAUUCCACUUAAUGAAACAGUUGCUAUCAAGGUGCUUGAUCUUGAGAAGUGUAAUAAUGAUCUGGAUGGUAUCCGGCGAGAGGUACAGACAAUGAGUUUGAUUAAUCAUCCAAAUCUAUUGCGUGCGCAUUGCUCCUUCACUGCUGGCCACAGCCUUUGGGUUGUCAUGCCAUACAUGGCUGGAGGAUCCUGUCUUCACAUUAUGAAAUCUGCUUACCCAGAAGGUCUUGAAGAGCCAGCUAUUGCCACUUUGUUGCGCGAGGUUCUCAAGGCACUUGUGUAUCUCCAUGCACAUGGACAUAUUCAUAGGGAUGUGAAGUCAGGGAAUAUAUUAAUCGAUUCAAAUGGUGCAGUCAAGUUAGCAGAUUUUGGAGUGUCGGCAUGCAUGUUUGAUACUGGAGAUAGACAACGGUCCAGAAAUACCUUUGUCGGGACUCCAUGCUGGAUGGCUCCUGAAGUCAUGCAGCAAUUACAUGGAUAUGACUUCAAAGCAGACAUCUGGUCCUUCGGAAUAACAGCACUUGAACUUGCACAUGGGCAUGCCCCAUUUUCCAAGUAUCCACCAAUGAAAGUUCUGCUGAUGACCUUACAAAAUGCACCUCCAGGCCUGGACUACGAGAGAGAUAAGAGAUUUUCAAAGUCUUUCAAAGAGAUGGUGGCCACUUGCUUAGUAAAGGACCCCAAGAAACGUCCCACUUCAGAGAAGCUUCUGAAGCACAGUUUUUUUAAACAUGCACGCUCUACUGAAUGUCUAGCACGAACCAUUCUCGAGGGCCUCGCUCCUCUGGGUGAGCGCUUUAAGAUGCUGAAGGCACAAGAAGCUGCUCUUCUUGUUCAGAAUAAGGCUCUCUAUGAAGACAAGGAGCAAUUAUCACAGCAAGAAUACAUAAGAGGAAUUAGUGCAUGGAAUUUCAACCUUGAAGAUCUGAAAAGUCAGGCUGCCCUUAUUCAGGAAAAUGAUGGUGUGCCAAAUAGUGAGGACUCUCAUGCAUCCAUAAAGCAGGAGAGACAUGAUGCUUCUGGGAGAUGCACAGAGAGAAUGUCGCCUGAGAUGGUCAACCAUUCAAACACUCUGUCUGGUCCGGAGGAUGCUUUAAAUGAUCUUCAUGACUUGAAGAGCUCACUUGCUUCAUUUCCUAUGAAACCACUUCAAGCACUCAAAGAUUGUUUUGAUGUUGGUGAGGACAAUGUAAAUAUGAGUCCUAGCUGGGAUGACACUCGAUCAGAUUCUGAUGAACAGCUUCCCACAAAAUCCUCACCAAGAACUGUCCAUCAGGAUGCUGGUAGAAAUGACUACGACAACAAUGAUGAUUUUGUACGAAGGAGAUCUUUACCACAUCAGGAGAUUCCAAAUCAUAAGAAAUUCUUAAGCGGUCCAUUAAUACAGGAUACUGUCGCCUCUGCUAAGAAGAUUAUGGACAACGGGGACAGGGAUCGUUUGCAACCAAAAUAUCAAUCUGAGCGAAACUAUAGUGGGCCUCUGUUCUAUCGCCAAAGGAAAGACACUAAUUCUUUGUCACCUGCAGAGGAUACAUCAGAAGGAGCAGUUAUCCAACGUAAGGGCCGUUUUAAGGUCACUUCAGCAGAUGUUAGUCCUAAGGGUAUGAUGAACUGCUCCUCUGGCUUAGCGUGUGGUGGUUCAUCCAGUUCAAUGACCCCAAACCUGGCAGCCGCCCUUCUCCCUUCGUUGCAGUGCAUUUUGCAGCAGAACAUCAUGCAGAGGGAAGAAAUCACUAAGCUUAUCAAAUACACGGAGCAAAUUUCUGGUAAUCAAGGGGACUUGGCCGAGGUGGGCACCAACAAUUCUCUGCAGGCACAGGUAUCUUGUGCUUCUACAAGAGAAAAAGAAUUGCAGUCCCAGUCUACGCAUCUGCAGCAAUGUGUUACAAGCCUUGUUGAGGAGCUGCAGAACCUGAAACGGAAAAAUGCCCAGUUGGAGAAGCAGCUGAAUGCUUUGACAAACCGAGACAAGAGGAUAAGAGGGAUGACCAAAGCAUGAUGUGUUCACAUCUUCAACUUAUUCUUUUAUGGCAACAUUUUUGGUCGAUCAGCAAGUGACCGAGCAUUAUGCCCGGAUUGGAUGGUGUACUCUUCCCAUCCGCUUGAAGGUUUGAAGGGCUGACCCCGCAAAGUUUUGAGACGUCUUUCCUUGAGUUGCAGCUUGUACAUGGAAUCUGUUAAAAAAUAUGGCAGAUGCUCACCAUCUCUGUGUCUGUCUGUCUGUCCAUAAUUAAGUGUGUCUUUGCUCCCUGCUCGCAUUAUGGGACUCCCGCUACCGUAGACAGCUCUUAGUCGGUCAAUAAUGCAAUUGAAUUAAUUCCCUCA